GGAAUCGGGAACAAAUAAAAAGUAAUUUGGACCAUACUUUUGCAAAGACAAAAUUUUGUUCUUCUAUUUUUCAAAAAAUUAUUGCUCAUCAACUUCUAUAACUUUUUUCUUUUUAUUUUUUUUUGUGUGUGUGUGUGCGUUUUCUUUGGUAAGUUUAGUGGAAGAUAUAAGGGUACGAUGGAAUCUCGUCAAAAUAACCUUCAUUUUACCGUAUGAGCUAAAAAAAAAUGGUAGUGAGACAGAGAUGCCAAAAGUUGCUUUAAAUGCAUUCUUUCAACCGUGGUAAUGCCUUAAGUACCUUAAAUGAACACUUGUUAACUAGAUAAGUAAUCUUAUCCAUUAUAAGAUCAUUCACUCUUAUAUUUGAAAGUCAAGAUCUUUCAUUAUCAUUUUUGCAAGACUUAGUGGAAAACAAUUCAUUUCGAAGAGAUGUAAAGUAUCAUCAUCUAACAUCAGUUAUGACUGAUGACUAAAUCAGACUAACUUGAGUCGGGUUGAUAUUACCUUAUGUCCGAAUGUCCCUAUCCACCCCGAUAAAAAUAAUCCAAAUCAAAAUUAAAAAAAAAAAAAAAAGGAAGGAAAUGACAAAGAAAGAAAGAACAAACAAUGAAUACGAUGCCCAAGUCCAUAGGGGACACAUCAUUUGCAACCCUUGGUUUUGUACUCCCUUCCCUUCAUACACUCCACAUUCCACAUUCCCUCAUUUCUUUCUAUCAUCUCUCUCCUCUCAUCCCACCAUCCUUUUUAUUGUCCUUCUAUAAUUAUACUACUAUAUUAAUCAAUUAUUUUUCUAUUAAAAAACUGUUUUUUUUAAAAAAAAAAAAAAUUAUUUGAUUACUUACAGCCUCAUGUCUGUCAAUUAAAGUUGAUGAAUGUUUAUGGUUGAAAAACUAGAGGGAAUGAAUGCUGUAAUUGAUCAUGAUGAUGAUUCUGAAGAUUCCUCUGAUUAUGUUGAGCGUGAUCCCACUGGAAGAUAUGGAAGAUAUAAUGAAAUUCUGGGCAAAGGGUCUUCAAAGAUAGUGUACAAAGGGUUUGAUGAAUAUAAUGGAACUGAAGUGGCAUGGAAUCAAGUUAAGCUUACAGAUUUUCUGCAAAGACCUGAAGAUCUUGAAAGGCUUUACAGUGAAAUCCAUUUACUCAAAACCUUAAAACAUAAAAAUAUUAUGAAGUUUUAUACUUCUUGGGUUGACAUUAACAACAGGAACAUCAAUUUUGUCACUGAAAUGUUCACCUCUGGUACUCUCAGACAGUAUAGGGUGAAGCAUAAGAAGGUUAAUAUUAGAGCAGUAAAACAUUGGUGUAGGCAGAUCCUAGAAGGGUUAUUGUAUCUUCAUAGUCAUAACCCGCCGGUGAUACAUAGAGAUCUCAAAUGCGAUAACAUUUUCAUUAAUGGGAAUCAAGGCGAAGUCAAGAUUGGAGAUCUUGGCCUAGCUGCCAUACUCAGGAAAUCCCAUGCGGCCCGUUGUGUUGGUACGCCUGAAUUCAUGGCCCCAGAGGUUUAUGCCGAGGAAUACAAUGAACUAGUUGACAUUUACUCCUUUGGGAUGUGUGUCCUAGAAAUGGUUACCUUUGAUUAUCCUUAUAGUGAAUGCACACACCCUGCUCAAAUCUACAAGAAAGUAGUUUCUGGUAAAAAGCCAGAUGCUCUUUACAAAGUGAAGAACCUGGAAGUGCGGCUCUUUGUUGAUAAAUGUUUAGCAACUGUUUCAGCUAGAUUGUCUGCAAAGGAGCUACUAGAAGACCCAUUUUUGCGAUGUGAUGAUGACGGAUAUGAUUUUAGGCCAAUUGAUUUUGACAAAAUAAGUCCAAUUGUUCAAAUACCUUGCCAAAAUGACAGGAAUAGUAGUAGUGGCUGUGACUAUGCUGGCUACGAACCUGACCAUGAACAUGAGUACCAAACACUAGAGUUGGCAGCCAACGAAAUUGAGCUAUUUACUUUUCUUGAAGAUGAUGAUCUGAAAGAUAUGGACAUCAGCAUCAAGGGGAAGAAAAGAGCAAAUGGUGAUAUAUUCUUAAGACUCAGAAUCACUGAUAAAGAAGGGCGAGUGCGAAAUAUCUACUUCCCUUUCGAUGUUGAGACGGAUACUGCUAUGAGUGUUACAACGGAAAUGGUUUCUGAGCUGAGUAUAAAGGAAGAUGACAUGAAGAGAAUAGCAGAUAUGAUUGAUUGCGAGAUUACUUCCUUAGUCCCUGACUGGAAGAAGAGUUCAUAUGUAGAAGAAGCUGCCGAGUGUGAAAGUGUAAACGAGGCUGUUGAAUGUAGAAGCAUAGACGAGGCCGCCGAGUGUGAAAGCGUAAAUGAGGACAAUGAUCGUUUGACUGAGCAUUUUUCUUUAGCAGAUUAUCUUUCCUUUGGCAGCCCCAGGCCCCGCAAUCUCCAACUCCUUCGUUGUGCUAGUCAUGGGUCAACAUCUAUGCGUGGACGUUUUGAGGAGAUAACUUAUCCAUCCGAAGCUGAUCUAACAGAUUCUGGUGUGAAACUGAACACAGAGACAGUGGGUCAUCAUCAUCGACGACCCAGCUUAAACUUCCAUUUUGGUGAAACCUUUGAAUCACAAGAUCAAUCAAGUUUAGAGAAAGAUAAGAGGGCCACAAUUACUUAUAUUCAAACUCAAACGCCUUAUAACUCCCCCACAAGCUCCAUUUUAGACGAGAGGGAGUAUGAGAAUGAGGCAAUGAAGGAGCUUAGAUGGCUGAAAACCAAGUAUGAGAUACAGCUAAGAGAACUGAAUGAUGAAAACUCCGGUGCAGAUAUGAAGACACGUUACUUAGCUGCAGAAAAGGACUACAAUUUGAAAAGGAGCAUGAAGAUAUCCUUUCAUCCAUUGGAAAGAGGAUUAGAUGUGAAAGAUCUGAAGAAAGCAUUGGAAAAGCAUUUUACGCCUCAAUUUCCUUCAGCCUAUGGUAAGAGGAAGAUCCCCAAUUUGCGCACUCGAAUGCUUCAAAGUGAGUGUUGCAGCCCAGAUAAUAUGGGGGCUGCUAACAACUAUUAUACGGGAGCAGCCAUGCUUCCACAUUCUCUUCAAAGAACAACUUCACUACCCGUUGAUGCUUUAGACUUUUAAACCACCCAUUAUAAAUUACCUCUUUUUCCUUGUGAUUUUACUGUUAGUCUUGUACAAUAUUGUCUUCAGUAAACACUACAAAGUACAUGCAUUUUUUCCUCCCGUGGAUGGAGAGAUUCAAUGAUAUAUUCGAAUUGUGAAUAUGUGAUAAUAAUCUGAUAUGGACCUUCUCUUUGGAACUCUGUAACUUUUACUUGUUUAGAUAGAUAAAAAAAAAGUGUAAUGUUGUCUAUUACAGUAAUAUAACCUAUUCUUUCAUA